GUAGAGCUACCGGAGGAGCAAUAACAGACCCAUCAUCUGCUCUAAAAAUACUUCCCUUCUGAGAUGCAAGAGAUGUUAAUCUGUCAUCACCAUCAGACCUCCUCCUUGGAGUCUUGUUCUUCGUCUAAAUAUUUCUCAGCGUGACCUAUCUCCAAUAGUUGUCUCUCGGCAAAACAUCCUGGCAGAAGGAGCUGAGCUCACACCAGGAGGAGAGAGAGGAAGGAGAGCAUCAGACAAGCAUCUCAAAGACUGAACACUUACCCACUGGAGACCAGGACUGAGACCAUCUACUGUGGACCAGGACUUAGGUCCCUUGAGACUGAGCUAAUCUUCUGUGGACCACGGGUAGUUCCCUGAAGACUGAGCUCAUCCACUGAGGACCAGGACUUAGGUGCCUUAGGACUCAGCUUGUCUGCUGUGUACCAGGACUUGGAUCUCUCAGGACAGAGCUCAUCUAGUGUGGACCAGGACCGGUACCAUAGGGCUGAAGUCAUCUACUCUGGAUGAGGCAGUCCCAUAGGACUGGAUCUCACUUACUGUGGAGAAAGACUUAGGCCCCUAGACCUAUGGUAGACAAGAGCCAGGCUCCACAGGACUAGGCUGCAUUGACUUUAGAACAGAAGGUCCUAUAAUAGGACUAGUCUACCCACUGAGGACAAGGAGGACCAGUAGGACUAAGUGUUGGCGUCUCCAAACUCUGGGCUAAGUAACUGUCAAUAAAAUAAGUCUGGCCUGGACGCAAUCAUCUGGGAUAGGUGGCCUUUGUGCAGGACCCAUGGCAGUUCCUGGAGCAGUAGGAGAGAUGCCGCGCCACUUCCCUCGCCUCAGUAUUUCAGAGGUGGAUGAACAAGUGCGACUACUUGCCGAGAAAGUUUUUGCCAAAGUUCUUCGAGAAGAGGACAGUAAAGAUGCCUUCUCCCUGUUCACUGUGCCGGAGGAUUGUCCUAUCGGCCAGAAAGAGGCCAAAGAACGAGAGCUGGAGAGGGAAAUCGCAGAACAGAAAUCUGCUGAAACAGUUAAAAGGAAGAAAAGUUUCAAGAUCAUCCGAUCCCAAUCUUUGUCACUUCAAAUGCCUGCUCUUGAUUGGAAGACUCCGUCCACCAUAUCACCAAUUCCAUCUCCAAUAUCUCCAGUUCAGCCAGCCCUGUCCACUCUACGAGCUCCAACGCAGCCUGUUCAAGUCCCGUAUGAUGUCCCUGAAUUCCAGAGAGUCACCAUAAGUGGAGAUUACUGCGCUGGGGUCACAGUUGAUGAUUAUGAACAAUCUGCGAUUGGACUUGCCAAAGCUCUCCUGAUAAGAGAGAAAUACUGCCGUCUGGCGUAUCACCGCUUUCCCAGAACCACUGCUCAGUACUUGUGCACCAUAAAUGAUGAAAGCUGGAGGAUGGAGGAUGAGGUGCUUCCAGUCUUUAACCCUCCCCCAGUGGAGGAGGAUCCUUACAAUUUAGAAAACGUUCCUCUAAACCUUGAUUAUUUGGUGAAGAUGAGAGGAGGGAUCCCGUAUGUCUAUGACAACAAGGAGAUGGCUGAAGCCAAUGAGCCGAGGAGUUUACCAUAUCCCGACUUGGAGACGUACACUCUUGACCUCAGCCACAUCUUGGCUCUUAUCGCUGAUGGCCCAAUAAAAACCUACUGCCACCGCAGGCUCAACUUCCUGGGAUCCAAGUUCAACCUCCACGAGAUGCUGAACGAGAUGUCCGAGCUGAAGGAGCUGAAAAGUGUCCCCCACCGCGACUUCUAUAACGUCAGGAAGGUGGACACCCACAUUCAUGCUGCUGCCUGUAUGAACCAGAAGCAUUUGCUGCGCUUCAUUAAACACACGUACCGCACAGAACCAGACCGGGUGGUGGCUGAGAAGAAUGGGAAGAAGAUGACCCUCAAGGAACUAUUUGAGAGUCUUUACAUGGAUCCAUAUGACCUGACCGUGGACUCUCUGGACGUUCAUGCGGGACGACAAACCUUCCACCGAUUCGAUAAAUUCAACGCCAAGUAUAACCCGGUGGGAGCGAGUGAGCUGAGAGACCUGUACCUGAAGACGGAGAACUACUUAGACGGAGAGUACUUCGCCCGGAUUAUCAAGGAAGUGGCCGGAGAGCUGGAGGACAGCAAGUACCAGUACACCGAGCCGCGGUUAUCCAUCUACGGCCGCUCCCCCGACGAGUGGGACAUCCUGGCCAAGUGGUUCAUCAAGCACAAGGUCUACUCCCCCAACAUGCGCUGGCUCAUCCAGGUGCCCCGCAUCUUUGACAUCUUCAGAUCCAAGAAGAUUCUCCCAGAUUUUGGUAAAAUGUUAGAAAAUAUUUUCUUGCCGCUGUUUGAGGCGACGAUUAACCCUUCAGAUCACAAGGAGCUCUACCUCUUCCUCAACUACGUCACCGGCUUCGACAGCGUUGACGAUGAGUCCAAACACAACGACCACAUGUUCUCCAACAAGAGUCCGACCCCCGACCAGUGGACGCACGAGCAGAACCCCCCGUACAGCUACUACCUGUACUACAUGUACGGCAACAUCAUGCUGCUCAACAACCUGCGCAGGGAGAGGGGGAUGAGCACCUUCCUGUUCCGGCCGCACUGCGGGGAAGCCGGCUCCAUCACACAUCUGGUGUCCGCUUUUAUAACCGCUGAUAACAUUUCUCAUGGAUUAAAUCUCAAAAAGAGCCCCGUCUUGCAGUAUCUCUACUACUUGGCGCAAAUUCCCAUCGCGAUGUCUCCUCUCAGCAACAACAGCCUGUUCCUCGAAUAUUCCAAGAACCCUCUGCGGGAAUUCCUGCACAAAGGCCUGGUGGUGUCCCUGUCCACAGACGACCCCAUGCAGUUCCAUUACACCAAGGAAGCCCUGAUGGAGGAGUACGCCAUCGCCGCUCAGGUCUGGAAGCUCAGCACCUGUGACCUGUGUGAGCUCGCCAGGAACAGCGUCCUGCAGAGCGGCCUCUCCGAUAAGGAAAAGAAGCAUUUUCUGGGAUGCAACUACAUGAAAGAAGGUCCAGAAGGAAACGACAUCAGCAGAACCAACGUGGCGCAGAUCCGGAUGGCGUUCCGCUACGAAACGCUGUGUAAUGAGCUGAGCUUCCUGGCGGACGCCAUGAAUUCUGCUGAUAUUCACUUGCCGCUGUCACAAUGAGAAGACCCCCGGGGAGCAGAUCUUCAUUCUGGGGCCUACAAGUCAACAUGGAUGAUGACGAGGAUGAUGAAGAAGAUGAUGGAUGUCUGAUGUUUUCUUCCAGGAUCUGCUCUUUGGCUUUAUAAAUGGAACUUUAACUGCUUUGUUAACGUCACCAGGCGGUUUGGUCAUGUGACCUGCGCUAAAUGGACGAGACCUCAGGAGCUGGAGAGCUUCUUACCGCCUAUGCUUGCUCAUAUGUAACACAGAGGAGACAUCUGGGAUGGGGGGUGUCAAGGGUGUGACCCCAGCAUGACACAUCAAAGACUGUGAACCAAUAAGGCAAAGACAUUAAAGGGCCUCAUUUACUAUCA